AUGAAAGUGGGUCGGGUCGACCCGCAAGUGACCCGGGACCCGUCGGGUCUCGGGGCGGGUUCGGUUCAACUUUAUGUGAAAAAAAACCUAAGUGACCCGCUUGAAUACCGGGUUGGGUUCGGGCAGCGUCUCUUGAUUUUGGGUUGGCCCAAAAACCCAACUACCGACCCGCUUGAGGGCAGUGUCCGUGGGUUGGCUUCACUUCAGGAAUCAGGAUCCCUCGGCCCUCCGUUCAAUCGGUCAUCAACCGGACCUCCACCUAGCCGACCGGCGACAAGCGCUACAGGAUUUGCAAUCUUGGACUUGGAACGACCGACAACGCUUCAAAUCAAUUGA